UAUUUCUAAUGACUUUUAAUUACAUCAAUCAAAGAUAUUUUCUCAUUCGGAGGAUUAUUAAUAUUUUCCAAGUCCCAUUGUCUUCCGUUUUUCCCGCAAUUACUACUGUUUAUUAGUGCGAGCUUGAGAAAAACAUUGAUUGCACAGAACAAUUUUAACCCAAGUGAUUAUCGUUCUAAUUGAUGACCAGAUAAUCUUAAAUAGUUGCCAAAUUAACCAACAAUCUUCGGGAUUUAGGACUAUCCAGUGAAUCUAUUUAUAUAGCGUUAAAUUGUUAUAAUCUCUCAUUAGUGAUACACAAAUAUGAGAUUUCCUGAUUCUUUAUCAUCGAUUUCCUUUGAAAAGAAACUUGUGAUUCUUUGCUGUUUUCUAAAUGUUUCCUACUUUUCCUUGUGACAAUCAACUGUUAAUAGAAGAGAACACACAAAUUGCAAUAUCAAUAAUCUAAAUAUUGUGUUGCUUUUAUUGUUUUAUUUGUUUGACAAAAAAGAAGAGUUUACAUCCUCUCAAAAGGUAGAAAAUGAAAAGUUUCCUCUCUGGAAGAAAAGUGUUUGUCACAAUUAAGUGGAAUCCCUUCAUCUUAUAAUCAAUAUCUCUCUUUACAAUAUAAAUAUGAUUUUAUGAUCAUCUUCAUCUACUUAUCCUGAAAUAUAUUCUAACAACAGCAAAAACAGCAAACAACUACAACUACUACAUGAAUCAUGAUGACAAAGACAAAGUCUGUAACUUAUAAUUAUACAAUUUGAAUCAAUUAUCACUUAUCACUUUUCCAUCAUCAUAAUUAUCACCAAUUGUGUUAACAUUUGAAUUGAUUGAUUAUCUGUGGACUUGGAAUGAUAAUUUCUCCAAUUGGUCAACCUUCCUCCUUGUUGGUAAAGUGUUAACCGGACAUCAAUGUAUUGACAUAAGUGUUCUCACUCCUCUUUCGCCCUAAAAUCAUUAACAUUAUCAUUCUUGAUUGUCCAUCCUCACUUUCUCUCUCUCUCACUCUCUCGCUUUUCUUAGUAUCUAACAGCUCUACAAACUUGUUAACAAACAAAUAGCUCCUCUCUCUCUCUCUCUCUCUCUAUUUCUAUCUCUUUCUCUCUUCUUUCCUGUGUCAUCCUUUGACCAUAUGUUCUGACCAUCUGAACUCGUUUCCCAGUCAUAAUGGUGACAAUUCUAUUGAUGGUUCAUGUGCAACUAACUUUAAACAUUACCUUUAGGGUCAGUCUUAUGUUUAUCUGUAAGUUAAGGGUCAUUCUCAAGCUCUGGAGGACAAGUUAGAGAGAGAGAGAGGAAGACGAAAAAUCAACAUCUAACAAGAAAAAGAGAAGAAGAAGAGAAGAGAAACAGAGAAACAAGUGUAUGUUCAGGCCAAACAUCGAAUGUACGAAUUAUCAUUGUUAAGAAGGUGAAAAAGUGAACAGGUAAUACAUGUAAUUUGGAGCAAAUUCAUCAUGGAGAUAAAUUGGUUCUCAUGUUAUCAGAUCAUCUUGAUUAUCUUGUCUUCUUCUUGUCACUUUUACUUUUGUGCUACAAUCAAACCAACUAAUUUUGACGAUGAACGUUUUAAACUCAACAACUCGAACAGUUCACAGCGAAAUGCAACUAGAGCUCGAUUGAAAUUGGAAUUGAAAAAUUGUGGUUUAAAUCAAAUGAAAGAUUUAUCUUCUAAAUUGAGGAUAAUCGGAGGUCGUGAAGUGGUCAAAGGUAAUUGGCCUUGGCAAGUAGCUUUACUUAACCAUUUUCGGGAACCAUUUUGUGGAGGGACUUUGAUUACUCCUUCAUUUGUGUUGACUGCAGCUCAUUGUGUUCGUCGACGAUUAUAUAUUCGUGCCGGUGAACAUGAUCUCAUGACCAAUGAAGGAACGGAACAAGAAGUGAAAGUGGAUCAUGUCUUCAUUCAUCCUUCUUUCGAUAGAGAAACGGUUGAUUCGGACGUGGCUUUAUUACGAUUAAAGGUUCCAUUUAAAUUGGGAAAAUUCGUGGCCACGGCUUGUCUUCCUUCGAGGAAAGAUGAGAUUCCAAUCGAUUCAUUUGGAACCAUUUUGGGCUGGGGCAAGAAGAAAAACUCAGCUCUGUUUGGUACCGAUGUACUUCAUCAAGCUCGUGUUCCAAUCGUCAAUAUAAGUGAAUGUAGAAAUGUUUACGAAGACUAUUUCAUCUCGAACAAUAUGUUUUGUGCUGGUUAUCGAAGUGGUCGAGUCGAUUCUUGUGCCGGUGAUUCGGGUGGACCUUUACUCUUCCAGAAAAGAUCUCGAUGGUACAUUUAUGGUAUCACAUCUUUCGGUGAAGGUUGUGGUCGCAGGGAAAAGUAUGGGAUCUAUGCCAAAGUGCCGAAUUUUGUUAAAUGGAUUCGAAGAGUUAUUCAUAAACACAGUUAUCGAUGAUUUAUCCUCAUCCUCAUUCUCAUCAUCUCAUCUUCAACUUCAUCUUCAUCUUGAUUUUUAUCUUCAUCUCUGUCUCUCUUUCAAUUCCAAUCUCCGUUUUCGGAUUCAAUGGCUAAAAUUUACUUCCUGUCUUUCAUUUCAAUCAAAUUGUUACAAUUAUUACAAAAACUGAUUCCCUGACCUUGAAAAGUUUGAGUUUAACUCAAUCUCGACAAUUAAGCUAAUCACAGCUCGUUAUCCAGACUACAAUUUGUUAACUGUUGUGACAUUGAUCUGACGAAACAAAAAAUGCAAAUCUUUGUAUAUUAUUGUAAAUUGAUUAUUAUAGUAUAAUUUUUUAUCUAAUCAUUUCUUAGUUUUUUAAAUAACCAUUUGUUUAAAAAUUUUAUAUGUAAACAAAGUGAUUUAGAUGAGAAUCAAUCUGUUGAAAAUAAUUAGACUGAUUCUGUCUCAAUAAAUUGAUAUCAAUUCUUAUUGCAAA